AUGUCUGACGUUGAGAAAAAGACGGACUCGCCCGUCGUGAGCGAUCCCGAAUACAUCUUGGAGAACCAGGGAGAUGAUAGCAAUUCAUCUUCUUCUGUAACCAAGUCGGCCGACUUGGAAAUUUCCUUAAAUGAUAACCCAGAGGAAAAAGAAGAAGAUAACGAGAGUGCGGUUGAUCCACGUGAGGCCACCGAGACACUCGCUGCGGAACUAGGCAUAAACCACAAGAAACUAAUGUGGAAGAUUGAUCUUUGCACGGUGCCACCAUUUUGCCUCCUUUACUUUUUUUCGUUUUUGGACCGUGUCAAUAUCUCCAACGCCAACCUUUACGGGUUGAGCACUGAUUUGAACUUGACUGGUACCCAGUACAACACCGCGUUGACCUUGUUUUUCGUCCCCUACAUCUUUUUCGAAGUUGCCGGCAAUUAUGCUAUCAAGUAUUUCAAACCGCACGUUUGGCUCAGUGGCAGUGUCUUUUUGUUUGGAUGCAUAACCGUUGGGAUGGGGUUUGUUAAAAACUUUGCUGGAUUGGCCGCAUGUCGGUUCUUCUUGGGGGCUAGUGAAUCGGCCUUGUUUUGCGGCAUGUUUUACCUUCUUUCGACUUAUUACUCCAAACACGAAGCUCAGCGUCGGUUUUCGACGUUUUUCUCGUGCACUUCGUUGUCGGGCGCCGCGUCGGGAGCUAUUGCUUACCGUGUCAAUGAGUUGCAUGGAUUGCGCGGCAUUUCCUCAUGGAGAUGGAUCUUUAUCUUGGAAGGCUGUGCCACGGUUAUUGGAGCAUUUGCUUUGUUCUUUAUGAUUGCUGAUUUCCCCGAGGAAGCGAGGUUUUUGAAUGAAAAAGAGCGCAAGUUUUUAAAGAGAAAGUUGGAACUUCAUUCCGGUACCCAGUCCGCUUUUGAAAUCAAGAGUACCUUGCUGGAUGUGGUCAAGUGUUUCAAGGAUUGGUUGAUUUGGCUCCCUGCAUUGUCGUAUUUUGGGUUGAUUAUUCCUUCUUACGGAUAUGCCUAUUUUGCAGCUACCAUUAUCAACCAGAUGGGCUAUACCGCGGUUUCAGCGCAACAGCACUCGGUCUACCCAUGGGUCUGUUCCUUUGGAGUCAGUAUUAUCACUGCGUUUGUUUCCGACUAUUUCCAAAAGAGAUUACCGUUUUUGAUGAUUUUUAGUGUUGUUGCCAUUGCAGGGUUGUCGAUGAUCUUGGGGGCCACGGAGUCCCCGCACAUUCGUUACGCGGGAUGCUUCUUGUCGGCCGCGGGGUUGUUCACCUCGAUGCCCUUGAUUGUCUGCUGGGCAGCAUUGAAUAACGGAUCGCAUGUUCGUAAGUCGGUGGGCACUGCAUGGCAAAUCGGUUUUGGUAACAUUGGAGGCAUCAUUGCCACUUUUAUCUUUUUAAGUAAGGAUGCUCCUGUUUACUUGCCCGGGUUGGCCACCUCGUUAGCAGCCAUUGUUUUCUCCAUCGUUGCCUCGUUGGCCUACUUCUUUGUCUGCUGGAGAAUGAACAAGGUCAAAAAGACGGAUUCGUAUAAGCAGGCCUUUGCCGCGUUACCCGAACGCGAGCAGAUUAACCUUGGUGAUAGAAACCCCAAAUUCACCUACUUGUAUUGA